GUCAAAUGUCAAUUUCUGCAGCACCAAUCCGGAUUGCCAAGCAAUUCAUCUAUAAGGCUUGGUCUGUUCAAUUUUCCGAACAUGAAACACACAACAGCGUUUUGGCCGUGCCUUCUAGGCUGUGCACUUCGAACAUGAUGUUUUAUGCACCAACUAUCUUGUACAAUUCAUGAGGCUUUUCUUGUUUCCCUUUUGCAUUCUCCGUAAUCAGCCAAAUUAUUAAUUCCGUAUAACGUCCUGCGGUUUUAUGGAUUAUCCGAUUAUUAUGUGCUUAAAAUUUGAGCAAUGGGCCAAUGGCAUUUCUGCAUCGCCUCUGUAAUUGCAUAUGCUUCCCCCUAGAUACAAUUUUUUGAAACGUGUGUUUAAUCUUUCGGCACUUUUCGGAUAGUUAUUCUUAUAAAUUACUCCUUAUUCCACUCGGUGAAUGGUCUUAGUUGAAAUAUUUCUAUCAUCUAAUAUUUUGAGUUGUGACAUAAUGCCGCGUUUACGAGUAUAAAAAUUGUUUUGUCGCAUCCGUCAUCGUUCACAUAACAUUCCGCCAUAUUGAAUGACCGUUACAUGGUUGCGUGGUUGUAAAGCUAUCAUGGGGAAACGCAAGCAAGAGUGUCCAAGAAAGCACUCCGGAGCCAGCCCAAAACAUGGCAACACAUUUGAACUGCUAGAAACGACCGAGGAUGCGUCCAAGCUGGAACACGUCGUGAAAAAACUGAAAUCGAAAAACGAUUCGGCAGAGAUUUCACCCAACGACACCGGAAGUCGGGAUCUCCCUGACGUUUCGCGCCAUGCACACAUCAAUGGUAGUCCCCUCCGAGCGAAAAUUACACCGAACGUGCUUUUUCCCGGUCUCACCCAAACGGAACCGCUCGAUUUACGCACAUCGCAAUCGCACAGUGCAUUUGUUGUCAAAAAUAUUGCUUCUGUUUCACGUGAUGGACAAAUUGCACAAAAGAAAGGCGAUCCGGAAUUCACCGCAUUGGAUCUUUCGCGCUCCACUCACCAUGGCCACCCUAUGUCCACUGCAUCACCACCCCUUCCCGCAACGUUCCAGCAGCUCUCGGCCAAACUGGAAGAAUAUUUCGCUACCGGGAUCGUUGCUUCGAAAUUCCCCAAGAAAAUGGUCCGAGGUCAAGAUAUCUGGAUGCAGGACAUUGAACAAAAACGCGCCAUACUAAAAUGCCUGAAAUGCGGUGCAUCCUACAACAGUCUGACCGAACUGGCCAAGCACAUCAAAAAGAGUGGCCACCACGACGACGUCGGACGACCCGUGGAGAAACUGACCAGCCCGGAGCCGACCGCCAUUGUCCCGCUCCCAUGCAGACGUUCUUCGCCCUCCGACCAACCGCAUCCAAAACAUACGAAGCCGGUCCAUGUUAAAAGUGUGGAGUACAAACCGGAUAUAACCAGUCCAUCCGCGUUUAAACCCUUGCGCACCGAUCAGCGCAUCAAGACCUUCCAGCCGAAGAAAUUCGAGCAGUCCCUUCCCGUUGGUCACGCCGAUCCGGGAUCCGGGCGACGUGGCCGUAUAUUAAAAUAUUCCCAGAAAUUCGACGUGGGCCGAUCUCCAGUCAUCACUUCCCACAGACGGUCACAUCCGCUUACGCCAGAAUGCAGCGUGCCGAGCAGUGACAAGAGCGAUUCCAGUAAGGAUGUCACCACCGACCGUAAAGUAAACUCCACUAAAUACAGUAUUAGGAACGCACAUUUGGAGCGUACGGAAGAGAGCACCGUACUUUCGUCGUCCUCGUCGGGAUCAUCGUCAAUGAAUCCGGCGGAAUCGAAGUACCCAAUGCCCACUCCCGUGCUGGGUUUAAGCAACACUGUUAAUCCCUUGUUUGCGUUAAAAAAAUUCUUGGACAUCGGGAUACCACGGCUUAAACCGACUGGUAUAGACGGCGGAAGGAUUUAAUAUAAGGUUCUCUUGUAAACUCCCUAAUAUAAAAUGUCUAUGCAGAUUGCUGCGGCAUAUAAGAACGUGAAUAUCAUCGGUUCCCGAUGUGCUGUACUCUUAUGAAUAAA